AGUUUAAUGAGCUGGCUGCAGCGGGAACACAUGAGACUGUCGGAGCACUUGUCCUUGGCCACAGGAUCGAGCCAACUAUUAAUGGCAACAGGCUGGAAGUUUAUGCGAAAAGUUUCCCAAAGUAAUACGCAGAGAAAACACAAACCGAGCUAAGUCCCAUCAGGCAACAAUAAGCGGCAAGGCAACGCAAGGAAAGGAAAGCCAAGCCCUGCCAAGGGAGCCUGGGAAAAACGCUUAAAUCAGCACAAGAAGCCAACAGAGUCAGAAAAGUUUUCCCAGCCAGCGGAUUUCCAGAUUUCCAUUCGCCGCACACCGGCAUCGUCAUCACCAUUGCCAUCUCUGUUAUUGUUUCGCCAAGGAUUACAUAUUAUGCGAUAAACAUGAAAUACACAAACGAUACACGACUCAUUGUGUUCAUUUGCUGCCUGCUGCAAGGUGUCGCCGUGGGCCUGCGCAUGAUCAAGGUCUCCAUUCCGGCCUACAAGCUGCGCGGGGAGUCCGCCUUCCUCGAGUGCCAGUACGAGCUUAACCGGACGCACCACACCGUUACGGGCCUGCAGAGCCACUCGGACCACGACAGGGACCGGGACCAUGGCCACGGGCACUCUACCCACGGAGGCAACAACGGUGGUGGGGACUUCCACUAUCCCGACGGCGAGGCGCUGGAUGAGGAGCGCUCGCCAUAUCGCUCACGGAUGCGCCAGAACCAACGGCAGCACGGCCAGCGACAGAGGCAGCGAGAGCCCAUUGCCAUGCGACAAUACCAGAGCAACCACCAGCAGCUGCCGGCUCCACCGGAAAAGUCACCCUACGGCCACAGCGUCUACCGGGGCAGUGCCGCCUCUGGCUAUCUCGGCGCCCAGGUAGGUGCCAGCACCCACAGUGGCUCCAUGUCGGUGAGCUCUUCGAACAACGGCGGCCCGGCCCUUUACAUGCCCGAGUUCGAUCGGGCGGACAGCUUGGACGACAGUGUCGAUCGGGAGGACAACGAAGAGGAAGAGGAGGAGGAGCCGGCUGAGGAGGGAGAGGCUCUGUACGCAAUCAAGUGGUACAAGGACAACGAGGAGUUCUACCGCUACGUGCCAAAGGCCCGGCCACCCAAGACCAGUUACCGGGUGGAUGGAGUGCGUGUCAUAGAGGAGCUCUCCGAUGCCAGCCGCGUGCUGCUACGCGGACUAACCCUGAACUCCACCGGACUGUACCGCUGCGAGGUGUCCGCCGAGGCGCCCAACUUCUCCUCCGUGCAGGGCGAGGGUCGCAUGGACAUUGUGUUUCUGCCCCGCGACGGGCCGCACAUCAGGGGACAGCAGUAUCAGUAUCAGAUCGGCGAAUACUUGUACUUAAACUGCACGUCGGGCAAGUCGCAUCCAGCCUCGCAUCUUCAGUGGUUUGUCAACGAGCAGCCGAUCCUCGACGAGCACUACCUGCACAAGUACAACGACAUCGUGCACAAACACGGGCUAAUCACCUCGACGCUGGGCCUGCAGCUGCCGCUGGAGCCUCGCCACUUCCACGAGGGCGACAUGCGCGUCAAGUGCCUGGCCAGCAUAUCGCCGGUCCUGUGGAAGGGCGGCAAGGAGAGCGUCCUGCAGCGGCGGCCGGGGAUCAUCGACAACCGCGAGGCCAUGCUGCUGGUGAAAGGCGCAGCCGGGCACUCGCAGAGCAGCUUGCUCCGCUCCCUGACCAUUGCCAUCAUCCUGGCCAGGACCGGACAGUGGCUGCUCGGCUCGGAGCUGACCUAAGCGGGCUCCUGGAGAUGGCCAGAAUUCUGCUCGACUCGUUUCAAUUAACAAACAUUCAUUUCAAUUCAAUUCAAUUGCAAUUGCAGAGCAUAAAUGGUGAUUUUGUAUACUUUAAGUGUAAUAUCCUUAGUUGGUAAGCGAGGACGAGAAUUGAAAUACAUACAAACGGGGUAAAUGUGUUAUAGCAUGUAAAAAUCACAAGCAACGCGAGCAGAAACGAGUUAAAUAGUAUUAAAGGAUGGGCAGUUCGUCUCGCCAGAGACCCAGAGAAUUCAAUUAGCAAAAUUGUUAAGUAACUAAAUUCCAAUCCCAUAUAUACGACAUAUCCCCGCCCAUCGUCCCCCCUAGAAGCCCAGCUGAGGGUUCGUUGUGCGUAAUUUCUGUGUAAAUACUUCAAUGGAAGCGACAAAGUCUAGGGCAAACUUUGGACUUUUGUCAAAUACGUCUGAGUGGCAUCAAUUUCGAAUGGGAGCCGGCAACUUUGCCAUAACAGAUGCUUAAACUACAUAAUUGCUGAGAGCAAAGAAUAAAACAAAAAAUCGGAAACGUAAGCUGGAAAAUUUUCAGUGCCCCCUCUUCAGUUACAUCUCUGGCAAGUAUUUGCUUCCUGACUCCCAAAAGUAUUUUCCAUUGUUUUUAGUUUUGUAAAUUGAGUCUGGAAAAGGGAGAGGGAGCUCGAAAUUAAAUUAGAUUGUUGACGGAUCAAUUACUGAUAACUCUCCAGCUAAAAUCGAUCUUAAGCUAGAACCCCCUAGAGGAAAUUUCGGUUAGGGCGCACCCUAGUUGUAAGACCUGUAUAAAAGAGAACCUGGAUAUGUGUCAUAUCUGUAGACGUAAGAACUUUGUUUAACUAGAACUCUAAGCUAGCGGUCUAAGUUGUAGCCGAACUGUCUCCCCAGAAGAACCCCUAAUUGUGUGUAGCAUUACCUGAAGGAUAAUGUACGGAGGACAUAACUACUAUAUAGGGCGAUAUGUAUAUGUAACAAUAAACGAGUACGACAAGACCCUUUUUCCCCAGAGUGUUU